GGAGGAAGAGUCAAAGACAAUCGACCAGUUCAGGAUCAUCUCGCUACUAAGUGUUGAUGAAAAGAUAUUCUUCAGCAUUUUUCUAGGCAGCUGACCGACUACCCGCUAAGGAACUCUUACAUUGACAACUCAGUCCAGAAGGGAGGAAUCCCGAAGGUGUCAGGGUGUCUGGAGCACACAGGCGUGGUAACACAGCUGAUCAGGGAAGCCCGGGAGAACAAGGGGGACCUGGUGGUGUUAUGGUUGGACCUCACAAAUGCCUAUGGGUCCAUACCCCACAAACUGGUUGAGGAGGCCCUCUGCCGACAUCACAUCCCAAACAAGUUUAGAGACCUCAUUCUGGACUAUUAUGACGGUUUCAGUCUGAGGGUCUCAGCCAGGUCUACAACAUCUGACUGGCACAGGCUCGAGAAGGGUAUCAUUACUGGGUGUACUAUUUCAAUUCAAUUCUAUUUCAGUGAUAUUAUUUGCACUCGCCAUGAAUAUGCUGGUGAAGUCUACCGAGGUCCAGUGCAGAGGUCCCCUUAGCAGGUCAGGUGUCCGCCAGCCGCCCAUCAGGGCUUUCAUGGAUGAUCUGACGGUGACAACACCACAUGUCCCAGGGGGCAGGUGGAUCCUGAAGGGCCUGGAAGAGAUGACCACCUGGGCUGGCAUGUGCUUCAAGCCAGCAAAGUCCAGAUCUCUGGUGUUGAAGAAAGGGAAGCUUACCAACAAGUUCCGAUUCACAAUUGGCACGACCCAGAUACCAUCAAUCACUGAGAAACCAGUGAAAAGCUUGGGAAAGGUAUUAGACUGCAGCCUGAGAGACACUGCCAUUUGUGCAACCAACCUUGAACUGGAAGUCUGGCUAGCCGUAGUGGACAAGUCGGGCCUACCUGGCAAGUUCAAGGCCUGGAUUUACCAACAUGGCAUCCUCCCACGGAUUCUCUGGCCCCUCAUGAUAUAUGAGGUUCCAAUCUCAACCAUUGAGGGCUUUGAGAGGAGAGUCAGCAGGUUUCUAUGGAAGUGGCUGGGUCUACCUCAAAGCCUGAGUAGCAUCGCCUUGUAUGGCCAGAACAACAAACUGAAGCUCCCGAUCAGUAGCCUGUAUGAGGAGUUCAAGGCGGGCCGUGCCAGGGAGGUGCUGAAAUACAGAGAGUCACAGGACCCGAAGGUCUCCCAGGCUGGGAUUGAGGUGAGAAUAGGGCGGAGGUGGAGGGCAGCAGGGGCGGUGGACGUAGCUGAGUCGCAGCUACAGCACAGGGCACUCGUGGGAGUAGUGGCUUAUGGACGAGCUGGCCUGGGUAGCAGCACGACAUCUUGUUACAACAAGGCACAGGGGAAGGAUAGAAGAACACUAGUGCAGCGAGAGGGGCUGGGCUGCAGUAGAGGAGGAGCGGGCCAGCAGGAUAGUUGGAAUGCGGCAGCAGGGAGCCUGGACAAGAUGGGAGCAUGCAGCGGAUCGCAGAGUCUCAUUGGCAGAGCUGUGGAAAGCAGACUUCCAUCGCAUACGGUUCCUGAUCCAGGCUGUCUAUGA